GUGUUGUGUUUGGUUUGACGUUUAUGAAACUCAACGAAAUGUUGUUUGACAUCUUUUUACUUCCGACAGUGCAACUGUCAAAUUCUUUCUUUUUCGUAUUUUUACGAUAGUUGUUUGGUUGAACACAACUAGAGCCGCCAACAUGAAAUUGAACAAGUUUGUAACCUCUUCUCGCAGAAAGAACCGCAAGCGCCAUUUCCAGGCUCCUUCCCACAUUCGUCGUCGUCUUAUGUCUGCUCCCCUUUCCAAGGAGUUGCGUCAAAAGUACAACGUCCGUUCCAUGCCAAUCCGCAAGGACGAUGAAGUCCAAGUAGUGCGUGGUCACUUCAAGGGCAACCAAGUUGGCAAAGUUGUCCAAGCCUAUCGUAAAAAGUUCGUCGUUUACAUUGAGAAGAUCCAACGCGAAAAUGCCAAUGGCACCAAUGUCUAUGUCGGCAUUCACCCCUCCAAAUGUUUGAUUGUCAAAUUGAAAUUGGACAAGGACCGUAAGGCCAUUUUGGAACGUCGCGGCAAGGGACGUUUGGCUGCUUUGGGCAAGGACAAGGGCAAAUAUACCGAAGAGACUGCCGCUCAGCCCAUGGAAACUGCUUAAACAAGCAAACAAACUGUCUACCUUUAGUUUAUAUAGUUGUGCUUCUACUGCUGUCAAAUGGUUUGAAUCCCUCUGCCGUUUUUCAUUUAAAUAUCAAGACGAACGUGAUUGUGAAGCGUUUUAUUUUUUAUUAAAUAAAAUUGGAAGUUUUAUUUCUUUUUAUUAAAGAAGA